UUCGACCGACGUAUUCAAGCCAUCUAUGAUUUGUACUCAAAAAAGGGUGAUACUACAUUUGUAUCCGAAAAAAAUACCGUGUCUCUUUACAUGAAAGGUGGUUUCAUGCGUUGCAACACGAAGUGGUCAGAUGUCGAUGAUGUUCUUAUCCCGAUCAAUUGUAAGAAAGACUGGCAUUGGAUAUUAGCCCGUCUGAAUUUCAAGGAUCGCUGCAUCUACGUUUAUAACUCAUUGAGGUCAGCCCGACAGGACAAAUCAGCGAAUGAAUAUGUUAAAUGUUACAGUGAGCUGGUUCCAAUUUUGUUAGAAGAAAUCAAGUUUUUUGAUUCCCGACCUGACAUUGAUACUACUACUGGUCCUUAUGAGGGAAAGAGGUUGUCAGACCCAUUCAGGAUUGAGAAUGUUGAAAACUUACCUGUUCAAACCGAUAUUGAUUGUGGAGUUCACAUGUUUUGCGCUGCUGAGUUUUUUGUUAAGGGUAAGGUCAUGGGUCCUGAUUUUGAUAUCAAACAACAUCGUGCUCGCUACGCUUCCGCAUUGUAUCUAUACUCGACUUGGAAGGAAGAUUCUGUAGUUGAAAGUGAUGAUGAAGCUCCUCCAAGACUCAGGAGGGUUGGUGGUUAGACACCAUGUGUUUUUUGUUCUUGUCUAUAUUUUUUUGGUUCCUUUUAAGAAAUAGGUCUUAAUAUUGUUUCUAUUAUCGUGCUUCGGAUGUUGUUAUUUUAAGUUUGUUUCAUUUGUGUGUUUUUGUGUUGCAUUGUAAACAGAUUUGAUGUUUUUAAUUUUAGUUGGGUACUGUUUGUUUCAUUUUCUU